AUGACAGUUGAAAGUGAUUCCGUGGCCGGUGCCACCAUCGAGCUCCUUGAGGCACGUCUACGUCGCCUCACCUACCUACUAGGGGGCACAACCGACUGGACAGGAGUGCCAACCGCACCGGAGAAACCAACCUCCCUCGACGAAACUGUAUCGCGCCGACUCGCCGGCAUGGAGCGAGAACUAGCGAAACUCAGCCGCAGCGUCCCCGUCGUACGAGACAUAAUCCAACUCCACGACCGCUUCCCAGAUCUCUUCAAAUCUCCACCUGCCCACGAAAUCCCAGAAGGUCUCUCCACACGUGCUCUCACCUCAAUCGUCCUUUCCUACGCAACAGCCUUCCCUGAAACCGCCUCCCGCCUUACAUCUCUCAAUGAUCUUCCCAUCCCGGAUGCGCAGAGCUCCGCUACCCUCAUUGACCUGCAACCACGGAUGGAGCGCAUCGCACAGACACAGGCGGAGCAGGCGGCAGAGAUCUCACAGCUACGGGUUCGCACGGCGAAGGUGUUACAGCGGUGGUAUGAGGUAGGCCUUGUUGGAAGUGGGGAGUGUUGGGCAGAAUGGGAGGCUCGAUUGGAGGGUGUCGAGAGGGAUAUUAGGAGGAGAGAGGCUGUAAAAGAGAGGAGGGAGAAUGAGAUUUGA